AUGUACCCCGCGGAUUGCGUGGUCGGGAACCUUCCGGGAAGCAGCGUGCGCGCGUAUCAGAUCUCCGGGUACAGCCAGUCUGACGUGGCGCCUUCUGAUAGGUUCAAGAUCGGAAGGCCUGUGCUGUCAGGGGGGAGCAAUGGCGGGAGUAUUAUAAGGUUCUCUCGUUUUCGAGGGGACGGUGGGACGGUACCAGUGAGUUUCAGUGGCAGCAGCAACCUCAUCUGGGCUUUCUCUGAGUCUGGAUCGACUGAGCUGGCCUUCCACGGCAACAACGCCUCACAAGGAGGAGGAGGUGGUGGUGGUAACGGCAGUGGUGGUGGCGAUGGUGGUGGUGGUGGCAAUGAUGCUGGCAUGGAUGGUGAUGAUGGUGAUGAUGGUGAUGAUGGUGAUGAUGAUGAUGAUGAUGAUGAUGAUGAUGAUGAUGAUGAUGAUGAUGAUGAUGAUGAUGAUGAUGAUGAUGAUGAUGAUGAUGAUGAUGAUGAUGAUGAUGAUGAUGAUGAUGAUGAUGAUGAUGAUGAUGAUGAUGAUGAUGAUGAUGAUGAUGAUGAUGAUGAUGAUGCAUAUGAUGAUGGGGAUGAGGGUGAAUUUGAGAGGUGGGGUGAUGGUGGGGAUGAUGAUGAUGAGGAGGGAGACGAGAAAGAUUUCGGGCGAUGGAAGGAAGGGCAUAGUGAUAAAGAUGAUGAUGAUGAUGAUGGGGAUGAUGUUAUGGAUGGUGGCAGCGAUUUCAUCCUUCACUGGAAAGCCGGGGCAGAUACAAUAGCAAUGGCUGCUGAUGUGGCGACGUCUGGUUGGGUGGCGGUUGGAUGGUCCAGCAGCGGCAAGAUGUACCCCGCGGACGCAGCCAUUGGAAAUCUGCCACGUGGCACUCUCGCCGACAGGGCGGCGGUGGGCGCGUACCACCUCAGCGGGUAUGGCCUGUCUGAUGUGGCGCUGACGUCAUCGUUCGAGCUGACCAGCACGACAACCACCACAGUGAAUGGGAGAACUACCAUGACAUUUGAGCGGCCCCUGUCAGUGGGAGCGGUCCCCAUCAGCAGCAGCGGCGCCACCAGCAUGAUCUGGGCCUUCUCCCGCUCCGACUCGCUGCAACUGGCCGACCACGGGCCCAACGAAGGAUCCGUUACAAUCAACUUCGUUUCAGGCACAGUGGAGGUUGAGGAAUCAAGCAGCAGCGCCGAAACACUCUAUAUGGCGCACGGGUGGAUUCUCACUGUAGCUUUCGGCAUUCUCAUGCCUGCUGCCAUGCUUAUAUCGAGGAUAUUCCUCUCUGACAAGCCUGCUUCAGACCCUGCUGCAGCAGCUGCACAGGCAGAAGCGGAAGCAAGGGAAGCGGAAGCAAUGGGAGGAAGAUUAGGGCUUUCAGGUCAGCCAGCGCUGCACGAAGAAAGGGAUUUUGAGCAUAUGCAUCUGAAAUCAGCAAGAGAUGCUGUAGUGUACGCCUCAGGAGAAGCAGGAAAAGCAUCAGCAGCAGCAGAAGCAGCAGCAGCAGCAGCAGCAGAUGCAGCAGCAGCAGCAGCAGCAGCAGAAGAAGCAGCAGCAGGAACAGGGAUGCUAGAUACUACCACUGCAAGCAGGGGAAAGCCUUGGAUUAGCAAGGCACAUGCAUUCAGCGCCCACAAGUGGAUCAUGCUCCUCGCUGUCGUGCUCUCAUUGGUCGGAAUCAUCAUGGCGUUUGUCCAAAAAGGAUCGAGCUCACUGCAGUCGACACAUGGCAGGCUGGGAUUGGCCGUGCUGCUGCUGAUCGUGCUCCAGCCAAUCAUAGGCCAGCUGAGGCCGGUCAAGGGCCAUGUGUUGCGACGCUAUUGGUUCGCGCUGCAUUGGGUGGUGGGAAUGGCGAUUGUGGCAAUGGCUUGGAGCAACAUGUUUCUUGGGCUUGACCUUGCAAGCAGCAAAUUCGGCUACAACCUUGAAGUGAUUGGGGGCAUGCAUGGGUGUGGCGCGUCGUUCCCAAUGGACGCUCCCGCGGGUCGCGGCGUGCGUUACACGUCAGUAACCGGCGCUUCGGGAGAUUCGAUUUCAUCAGCCGGCGGCCGUCAGUUCUCUCCCGCCCUUGGCCCAACCUCUCGCGGGAUUUCCGGCGGGAAUGGCGGCGGCGCGCCGGAGGACCGCGCGAGGCGCGUUAAGAGCCUAUUAGAAGGGUAUUACGGGCACGGGGGUGGAGCUCCGGGAGCGGAAGACGCGGCGGGAUCGGCGGCAGGAAGUUCGGGGGGUCGCGACGACAUCAAUUCGCGAGCGUUUGACGCGGACUCGUUUGUAGCAAACCUGAUCCGACAAGCCAAGCUGGACGAUUUGUUACAGAAGCACGUGUCGUGGGCGGCAGAGAUCAAGAACCUGGACAGUGACAUGCAGAUGCUGGUUUACGAGAAUUACAGCAAGUUCAUCAGUGCUACCGACACCAUCCGCACCAUGAAGGACAAUGUUGCGAGCAUGGAGUCCAGUAUGGACCAGCUGCUACGCACGGUGACGACAGUGCAGGAGCAGAGCACGGCCAUCAACAGCAAUCUGUCGGAGAGGAGGGAACGUAUCGAGCAGCUCAACGGCACUCGCAGCCUGCUCAGGAAAGCACAGUUCAUAUUCGACCUGCCCAAGCGCCUGAGGACCUACUCCAAGAACCACCAGUACCGCGCAGCAGUCAGGGCUUACGUGGGGGCUCUUCCCAUCCUCCAGUCCUAUGGCGAGACCUCCUUUAGAACAUGCAAGAAGGAGGCUGAUGACGUCAUGGCUGGCAUCAGCAAGAGGCUGCAGGCGCGGGUGAUGAGUGAGGAGGAGGCUAUGGAGCAGAGGGCUGAAGCUGCUGAGCUGCUGCAGGAGUUGGGCCACCAGGUGGGCCCUCUCAUGGACGCGUAUUUGUCGACGCACUGGGAGCGGCUGAUUGGGGAGCUGCGGCAGGCAAGCGAGGAGGUGGGCAGGAAAGGGGAGGACGGCAUGGUUGAUCCGACUGCUCCCUCGCAGACCUUCGUUGCGGCACUCAAGAGGGACUUCAUGGACGAUUUUGAGCGCACUGCAGCGUCCUUCCGAGGGAUAUUCCCCAUGGGCGGGGACAAGCUCACUGAGGCCACCCGCUCCCUCUUCAACGAGUACAUCACAUACCUGCAACGCUGCAUGCAGCCUUCAGACUCCCGCUCCUCCUCUGACCUCGUAUUUGCACUGAGAAAGAUCUCUCAGGAUGUGGUGAAGAUGUCUGAGCUGGUUCCUGAUGCUGACCUGCAGGACAGAGCAGCGGAGGCCAUGGCAGCAGCAGUGCGAGACCACAUCAUGCAAGGCUUUGCUCUCUUGGAGAUUCGAAUCACAGACGCACUGCAUGCAGUGGCAGCCAAGCCAGGGGCGCCAGGCUCCCUGCCCUCCCUCGCUGCAGCCCAGCCCAAGUCGCUCCGUGGAGGGGGAGACAGACCGCUGGCAGCAGUGCUGGAGUCGGUGCAAGGACUCAUCCUCAACUCCUCUCUGCGCCUGCUGGAGGAUUUCAAGUCCCUCCUGCACGACCGAGUUGACCUCCUCUCCUCCUGGACCGAUGAUUUCCUCUCUCUCGUCCAAUCGCAGCUCUCCGUGCUCUUCGCCUCCCUCAACUCGCACUUCCUCUCCCUCUCCACCCCCCCGCCCGCCCACGUGCACCAAUCCCCCACCGGCGCUCAGCGUCCCCCUCCCUCCACCCCUGGGUCAGCAGGAGGGCCAGUACCCAUGCUGGUGCUGCUGCUAGCACGACUCUCUCUCUUCAUCCAACACACUGCUCUGCCCAAGCUAGCCACGAUACUCGAGACCCAGUUUGCUCCUUGCAAUGUCCGAUUAGAUGAUGAGAGUGAGCAGCUCUUCUCCUCCUCCGACCUCAUGCGGCAGUUUCAUGACACUUCCGAGAAGCUUCUUCAGCAGUAUGUGGAUCUCGAGGCUCGCAAGCUGCAUCAGAUGAUCGCUAAGAGUGUAUCCACACCUAACUGGGUCAAGUACAAGGAGCCUCGGGACGUGCGUAUGGUGGUGGAUUUGAUUCUCCAGGAGGUGGAAUCAGUGGAAGAUUCAGUGGAGCAGAUUCUUGAACCCGGGGCUGAGCGCAGCCGAACCUCCCGCGGAGGCUCGGGAAGCAGCUACGGCAAGAGCCGCGGGAGCGCAGGCUCGGGAACGGGAGGAAGGGAUGUGGUGAAGCUGUUUAAGCAAGGAGUGGAGAUGUUUACUAGGCAUGAGUUUACUCAGGUGUCAGUGAUGGCAACUAUCGUGAAGCUCACUCUCAAGAGCUUCCAGGAGUGCGUGCGGCUCGAGACGUUCAACCGAGGCGGUUACCAGCAGAUCCAGCUGGACGCGCUUUUCCUCUGUGAAUCGCUGAGGGCCUAUGUGGAUGACGAGAGCGCUGUGGACACUCUCAUGGAUGAGGUGUGCACGGCAGCAGCAGAGCGUAGUCUCGACCCCACAUCCAUGGAUGCGGUUGCUAUGGACCGAAUCAUGCAGGCCAAGCGAUCUCGAGCGUCCACAUAG